UGCCGGGGGUGGUUCGCUCAGCACUCUGGGAGUUGUAGUCUUUGCCGGGCUCCCGGCCACGUGGAGGCAGCGGCUGCACUUGCGCAUGCGCCCUGCCGCUCGCUCGCAGCAAACGUCGUUUUGGAGGAGAGUGUGGCAGAUUCUGACCUGGGACUCCGAGUGUCAGGCAGAGAUGUCUAAUGCAAAAGAAAGAAAACAUGCUAAGAAAAUGAGAAACCAGCCCACCAAUGUGACUUUAUCCUCUGGCUUUGUGGCUGAUAGGGGUGCAAAGCACCCUAACGGAGGCGGAAAACCUUUCCGAGCUCAAAGACUAGAUGCUUUUUCUGGAACUGCACUACAGCGGCAAACCAAAAUGACCCACUAUUCACCACUGGAGCCUGAUGUGAGGGAGCAGUCAUCCUCCAAAGUGAUGUUUAAAAAAAAGGGAGGAUGGAAAGCAGGUCCUGAAGGCACAUCUCAGGAGAUUCCCAAGUAUAUAACAGCCUCUACUUUUGCUCAGGCUCGAGCUGCUGAAAUCAGCGCUAUGUUGAAAGCAGUGACUCAGAAGUCUUCGAAUUCGCUGGUUUUCCAGACUCUGCCACGUCACAUGAGACGAAGGGCCAUGAGCCACAACGUCAAACGCCUUCCGAGACGGUUACAGGAGAUUGCUCAGAAAGAGGCAGAGAAAGCAGUGCAUCAGAAAAAAGAACAUUCAAAAAACAAAUGCCAUAAAGCUCGAAGAUGUCACAUCAACCGGGUGCUAGAAUUUAACCGUAGACAAAAGAAGAACAUAUGGUUAGAAACUCACAUCUGGCACGCCAAGCGGUUUCACAUGGUCAAGAGGUGGGGCUACUGCCUUGGGGAGAGGCCGACAGUCAAGAGCCACAGAGCCUGCUACCGAGCUAUGACGAACCGUUGCCUCCUUCAGGACUUAUCUUACUACUGUUGCUUGGAGUUGAAGGGCAAAGAAGAAGAAAUACUAAAGGCACUUUCUCCAAUGUGUAGCAUAGACACAGGGCUGACUUUUGCAGCAGUGCACUGCUUGUCUGGAAAGCGCCAAGGUAGUCUCGUGCUUUACCGGGCAAAUAAAUAUCCCCAAGGCAUGUUGGGGCCUGUGACAUUUAUUUGGAAGCCUGAGAGGACCCCUGGCGAUGUUUCGGAGAGCAGGCAGUUGUGGAUCUGGCUUCACCCAACUCUUAAACAGGAGAUUUUGGAGGAAGUAAAAGCAGCAUGCCAGUGUACGGAAGCCGUCUCACCAACUCUCCUCCUCCCCGACCCCCUUCCGACACCGUCCCAAGAAAAAAGCCAAACUGAACUGCCCGAUGAGAAAGUGGGCAAGAAGAGAAAACGGAAAGAUGAUGGAGACAAUGCUAAACCAGUUAAAAAAUUUUUCGGGGACGGAACGAGAGAUUCCCGUCAGCCAUGUUCGUGGGUCUCUGCAGCCACAGGCCUUGCCGUCAGUGAUUUGACGAUGGAGAUAAACAGAUUCCGCCUGAUUGGUCCGCUGUCCCACUCCAUCCUAACUGAGGCACUAAAAGCUGCUUCUGUCCACACCGAGGGAGAGGACCCAGAGAGGACGCCUCACCAGUGGUGGGUUGAAACCUGUAAGGAUCCUGAUAGUGUUUCCCUUCACCACAGACAAGAAGCCACUUUUGAAUUGUUGGGAGGAAUAACAUCACCAGCAGAAAUUCCGGCAGGUACUGUUCUGGGACUGACAGUUGGGGAUCCUCGAAUAAAUUUGCCACAAAAAAGGUCCAAAGUUUUGCCCGAUCCAGAAAAAUGCCAAGAUAAUGAGAAAGUUAGACAGCUGCUUCUGGAGGGUGUGCCUGUGGAGUGUGCGCAUAGCUUUAUUUGGAACCAAGCUAUCUGUAAGAGUGUCACAGAGAAUAAAAUCUCGGAUCAGGAUUUAAACCGGAAGAGAAGUGAAUUGCUGGUGCCUGGGUCACAGCUUGUUUUAGGUCCCCAGGAAUCCAAGAUACCUCUGCUUUUGAUCCAACAGUCGGGAAAAGUGACUGGAGACGACCAGCGAGGCUGGGGAAGUGGCUGGGAUGUCCUGCUCCCAAAGGGCUGGGGCAUGGCUUUCUGGAUUCCAUUUAUCUAUCGAGGUGCAAGAGCGGGAGGAUUAAAAGAGGCUAGAGUGCAUUCUCAGUAUAAAAAGUCACCUUACAUCCCCGGUGAUUUCCCAGACUGCUCUGCUGGGAUUCUGUUUGCUGAAGAACAAGCCAGGAAUCUUCUUGAAAAGUACAAAAGACGCCCCCCUGCAAAACGGCCCAACUAUGUUAAGCUGGGCACUCUAGCCCCUUUCUGCUGUCCCUGGGAGCAGCUGACUCGAGACUGGGAAGCGAGAGUCCAGGCCCAGGAGGAGUCACCUGUAGCUUCCUCCCCGAGAGGUGAGGAGAGUGACUUGAGAGGAGACGACGUGCCUUGUGUUCCCACGUCUGAAAAAACUCGUCAGGCGUCUGAUGAAGUGGACACAUCCCUACACGACUCCAGUGAGCCCGCAGGAGUAAUGGACACAGAGUGUCCAGUCCAGGCGGAGACUGAGGGGGUAUCGGGCCAGGAUGCCACUGGCAGCCGCGUCUGCGUUCUCAGGAGCAGAACGUCACUGAAGCAGCUGUCAGCCUGGUGCACGCCCCGUCCUGGGGGCCGUCGGGCAGCCGGGCGAGUGCCCAGCAGGGGGCAGCAAGAACUGACCCCUGAGGCCUGCCUGCCCAUCCUGGACCGCUUCCCGCGGGCCCUGGUGUGGGUCAGCCUGGCCCUGCUCCGGAAGGGCAGCCCGGAGCCGCACAGCAUGAUCUGCGUCCCGGCCAAGGAGGACCUCUUCCAGCUCUGUCAGGAUCCGCUCUACCGUGGGCCCCAGGAAGCCAAGCACAGCGACCCAUUCAAGAGCCAGAUCCGGAAGCAGAAAGAGAAGAAGAAAAGAGAAAAGAGGCCGAACCGCGGGCAGGCUAUGUCUGAGGGCCUGACGGCGGGGGACCCUGCCGCGGGGCACCCAGCUCUGACCUCGGGCUUGUGGGCAGGCCCGCUCCCCGAUGUGACUUCCCACUGCUCCAGGGUCCUCCUGGGCUUUGUCACACAGGGAGACUUUUCCAUGGCUGUGGGCUGUGGGGAAGCCCUGGGGUUUGUUAGCCUGACGGGCUUGCUGGAUAUGCUGCACGGGCAGCUGGCAGCGGAGAGGGGCCUGGUGUUACUGAGGCCCCCCGCCUCGCUGCAGUAUCGAUUUGCAAGGAUAGCUAUUGAGGUGUGA